AUGGAUACCGAACAAAUGUCAAGUGUCAAGGAUAAUUGUCAAGGCGCUACUAAUUCUUCACCAUCCCUUAAACACGAUGAAUUGUCUAAGGGCAUAAGAGGAUCUACAUUUCAUUCUCAAAUACCUUUAGUGACGAAAAUGAGUUUGGCUCAACUCGACUCGCUGAUAGUACCUUUUACCCGACCAAAAAUUGAUGCUUUUACUGAGGAUGAAAUAAAAUUGAUGUUGGAGGAGAUUGGCAAACGCCGUCACAUUCUUUUAACAAAUCCACGAAAGAACAGCAGAGUAAUGAAAGCAGCUUGGGAAGAGGUAGCUAGUAGUGUUGCGCUAAGAAGUUCCAGUGAUCUCAAAAGAACGCCUAAACAAAUUAAGAGAAAGUGGCGAGAUAUUGUUACGAAAACAAAAAAGAAAAUCCAGGAAGGACAACUCAAGCAGGAAGUACAUUUCAAUGAAAUAACCGCGAUGGUCACGCAGUUUCUAGCCUCAACAAGUCAAGAAAUGCGGCAAGAUGAAGUAGGAGAAGUGGCAGAUUCAGAUGAAGAGAUUUCUCCCUUUGUAACUACGCAGUCUGAGCAUCUCAGCUCCUAUUACGACCAGCUUGACAGCGUUAGCGAUAAUGACACCGGGAAUAGGGUUAAAGAGAUUAAUGAUGAGAACUUAAUUAAAGCUCAGCCUUUACAAGUUGUCCAGUCUGCACAAGGAAAUGAAUAUUAUUCUUCCAACUCCGCAACCCACUUGGUUCAUGACAAUGGUCAUGGUGAUGCCACUAAUGACUCGUCAGAUAGUGAUGUCGUAAUGAUUACUCACACAUCAGGGAACGAGCUCUCUCUCCACAUAGACGAGGUAGGUGGGAACCUUGAACACACCAUGGAGAGAAGCCAAAUGGAGGAGUCUCCAAAUAAAACGCUUUUGCAACAAUUGAAAGAUGAGCAUACACUCCGUAUGGAGGUACUUGAAAUGAAACGUCGUUAUUGGCAAAUAAAAAUUGACGCUCUACUUCAGGAAAGGCAAAUUUUAGAAACGGUUAAUGGAGUUCAUAAGGGCUGGAAAUAA